AAUUUAAAGCUCUUGUUUUGGUCUCAAGGAAGAAAAAAGGACUUUGGGUUUAUUGUUUAAAUGGGAAAGCAGAAAGUAAAACCCCUCCUUACAUGUUUCACUCAAGAAGGUGAUCACCUAGCCAUUUUGUCCCCCGAUGGAACCGUCAAAAUAUGGAGCACAAGUACUGGGAGUUUAUUGGCAGAGUGGAAGCAAUCAGAUGCUAACCCUGCUAAUAGUUAUUCCAGUAUGGCUUUCAGUUUUAUCAAAAAGAAGCAUAAAAAGGGGCAUGGGACUUGCUUACUAGCUCUUGGGACAAAUGAAGGGGACAUCUUUACUAUUGAUGUCUUAGCUGGUGACAGGAAGUGGUCAUCUAUUGGUUAUUAUCCUGGUGGAAUUGCGGGUCUUUCGUUCACAAACAAAGGUCAUAGUCUGUAUGUCAUUGGAAGCAAUGGAAAGGCAUCUGAAAUGAACUCCGAAAAUGGAGAUUUAAUAAGGGAGUUCAAAGCUUCCAAAAGAUCCAUCUCUUCUUUGUCAUUUUCACAAGAUGGGAAGUAUUUGGCUUUAGCCAAUGAUAAGAUCCGUGUCGUCAACUUGGACAAUGGGAAAGAGCUUCUGAAAUCUCCUGAUGAUUUAGAUCCUGUGCAAUAUAUAAGCAUAUCCAAUGAUGCCAAGACAAUUGUUACAUCAGGGUUCGGGGAGACUAAUCUUCAACUUUGGAGUUGUGAUUUGAGUUCCAAAACUUUGAGUGGUGGCUCGCUUAUUACAAUACCCCACCCUCCAUUAGCAUUUGAAUGUAAGAACAGUGGUAGUGAAGAAGGUGGUUCUGUGAUCUUAGCAGUUUCGGAGUCUGGUAUUGCAUAUCUUUGGAAUUUGGACACCAUUUCCCUGGAUGAUGCUAAACCAACAAAGAUGACUGUAAAAACUGAUAAAGUUGUGGGAGAGCAGCAGAAGAGUGCAGGCUCAAAGAAAAGUAGUACUCCUAUUAUCUCUGCUAGAAUACAUGCUUCAGGCAUGGACCAAGAGGUUGUUGCCCUUAUUGCUUAUGGCCGGUUAGACUCCCCAAAGUUUACUCUUGUGAAUGUUAGCAAAGCAGGGGAGAAUGUUGUUAUAAAUGCUAUGGAUCAGACUGAAACUAUUCAAGAAAAUGGGGCAUCUUUGCUAAAAGUUGAUCCAAAUGGAAAACCAAAUAAAAAAAGAGCUGCUUCUGAUCCAGACCUUACAACUACAAAAGACACAAAUGAUACGGGUCAUGGAGAGAAUGUAGAUGGAGUCCUUGUUGAUGAUGAUCCAGAUGAACCUACCAUGGCUGAGAAACUUACAAUUUUAAAUUCAAUAGAGAAUGGAGAAAAUGAAACCACUGAAAACCAAGAAAGAGGAGAAUCCUCUCCUCAUGGCAAGCCUCCCACUGCAGAUUCAGUUAAUGUUUUGCUUAAGCAGGCACUGCAUGCUGAUGAUCGUGCGCUUCUGUUAGACUGCUUAUACACUCAAGAUGAGAAGGUUAUUGCAAAUUCAGUAUCACAGUUAAACCCGUCUGAUGUUCUCAAGCUUUUACGAUCUCUUGUAUCCAUUACUCAAUCAAGGGGCGCAGUAUUGGCGUGUGCCCUCCCUUGGAUAAAGAGUUUACUGCUACAUCAUGCUAGUGGAAUCAUGUCUCAGGAAUCCUCUAUUCUUGCUCUGAACUCUUUGUAUCAGCUUAUUGAAUCUAGAGUCUCAACUUUUGAAUCAGCUCUUCAAAUAUCAAGUUGCUUGGACUUCCUUUAUGCAGGGAUUGUUGAGGAUGAGGUCGAUGAGAAUGGCAAGAUUCCAGUAGUAUUUGAGGACACAGAUGAAAGUGAGAAAGAGGAAUCAGAAGAUGCAAUGGAAACGGACGAUGAAGAGAAGGAAGAUGGCGAAGCAUCUGAUGGGGUCAGCGAUUUCGAAGGGAUUGAUGAUAUGAGUGACUGAUGAGUAAUUACGAUUGGUUCGGGUUCAUUCUGUUCGAAGGUCAUAAAGUGAUUUUAUAACCAUCAAAGGAAGGGAAAGCAAUUAGUUUCAGACGAUCUUGUUUCAUAGAAGAUUAGCGGAGAGCAAACAGAAGCAUCUCAUAAACUAUAAUUGAGAGUUUAGAUUCUGCCGAGUAAGUUAUAGCAGGAAGUCGGGAUAAGUGGAGGAGAGGAAAAAA